UGCUCAUCAGCCCGGGAGGCUCGCGGUGGCAAGUCGGAAGCGUUCGCACCAGCGGGGCAGCGGCCGGGGCAGCGGCGGCGAUCAGGACAGGAGCGGGAAGGGCCGGUCCGGGCAGGUUGCUCGUCCUUUGCUCUUGGCAGGCCGACCCGAGAGCCCGAUCCCGUGCAGAGCCCGGACGCUGCCCUGCCCCGGAUUUCGUUCCGCGGCUGGGGGCUCGGCGAGCGGAAUUCCGGGCGGCUGCAGCGACUCCGGUGCAAGGUGAAGAAGGCAGCAUGAGUGACCCCUGAAUGUGCAUUUGGGCAUAUUUAGCCAUUUGGUUUUGAUUAGGAGAAAGAAGACAGCCAUCCACAUGAAAGGCAAAGCUUCAGCGCCUGAGGAGGUUGUGGAUUUUGAGUUUCAAAAACAGUGAAGUUGGAGCGAGCAAGCAAAGGGUAUAUGAAAGACAAUGCAGAUUGUAAGGAAGAUUAAUGAAGAAAAGUAACAACGAGAUUCAGGCAUACCAUUGAGUUCUUGGGGAUGCACAAAAGUGUCCAGUUGGGAAACUUUUGAAAUACAAGACAAGACCCUGCUCAGGAAGCGUACAUGAGAAUAAUUUUAAAGGAACCUUUCGAUAGAUGCAAAACAAUAACUGUCAGAGGUGAUGGAAAUGUACUGGAACAGCGGGAGAAGCUGGUAGCCUACAGGACACCAAGAUGACAAGAAUUUUAAAAAAUAAUCUAAGGAAGAAUUCUGCUCAGAAAUGAGGUGAAUGAAUGCUCAGGCACUCAGGAACCCCGGACAGCUACAUGAGGUGUUUAAAAACUGCCCUGACCAUCUUGCCAAACAAGUCUCCACUCAUGAGGCACAACAGGAUGAACCAGCCAAGGAGGGACAGUGUCCUGCCCUGUAGGAGCAGUGACUGCUGACCUCUGAGAGCAAGCUGGGGACUGCAUGUCGUCUGCCAGUACAAUGAAGGAAGUGGUUUAUUGGUCACCCAAGAAGGUGGCAGACUGGCUGCUGGAGAAUGCUAUGCCAGAAUACUGUGAACCUCUAGAACAUUUCACAGGCCGGGAUUUGAUCAACCUAACCCAAGAGGAUUUCAAAAAACCCCCCUUGUGCCGAGUUUCCUCUGACAACGGGCAGCGGCUCUUGGACAUGAUAGAGACCCUGAAAAUGGAGCACCACAUGGAAGCACACAAGAACGGCCAUGCCAACGGGCACCUCAACAUUGGCGUAGAUGUCCCCACCCCUGACAGCAGCUUUAGCAUCAAGAUUAAACCCAAUGGGAUGCCAAAUGGGUAUAGGAAAGAGAUGAUAAAGAUCCCCAUGCCAGAACUGGAGCGCUCCCAGUACCCCAUGGAGUGGGGCAAGACUUUUCUGGCCUUCCUUUACGCACUUUCCUGUUUUGUUCUCACCACAGUGAUGAUCUCGGUCGUCCAUGAACGAGUGCCUCCUAAGGAGGUGCAGCCUCCACUACCGGACACGUUUUUUGACCAUUUUAACCGGGUGCAGUGGGCCUUUUCUAUUUGUGAAAUUAACGGCAUGAUCCUUGUAGGACUCUGGUUAAUUCAAUGGCUGCUCUUAAAAUACAAGUCUAUUAUUAGCAGAAGAUUUUUCUGCAUAGUUGGCACGCUGUACCUGUAUCGGUGUAUUACAAUGUAUGUAACUACACUCCCAGUACCCGGUAUGCAUUUCAACUGUUCUCCGAAGCUUUUUGGAGACUGGGAAGCCCAAUUGCGAAGAAUAAUGAAGCUCAUUGCUGGAGGUGGCUUGUCCAUCACUGGCUCUCACAACAUGUGUGGUGACUAUCUGUACAGCGGCCACACAGUCAUGCUAACACUCACCUACUUAUUUAUCAAAGAGUAUUCCCCUCGACGACUCUGGUGGUACCACUGGAUUUGCUGGCUUCUCAGCGUCGUUGGAAUCUUCUGUAUUCUCUUAGCGCAUGACCACUACACUGUGGACGUGGUGGUAGCAUAUUACAUCACCACAAGACUCUUCUGGUGGUAUCACACUAUGGCCAAUCAGCAAGUGCUAAAGGAAGCUUCCCAGAUGAACCUCCUGGCCAGGGUGUGGUGGUACAGGCCAUUUCAGUACUUUGAAAAGAACGUCCAAGGAAUUGUACCUCGAUCUUACCAUUGGCCCUUCCCCUGGCCAGUAGUGCACCUCGGUAGGCAAGUUAAAUACAGCCGAUUGGUGAACGACACAUAACAGCUGUGCAGAGUGGGGAAACAGGAACUGUCCGAAGUGCUAAGAACUCCAUGAGAGAAGAUGCCAUAAAAUAAACACCUCCCUGACCCUGUUAUCUUUCAAGAGUUAACCUUGACUUAACCUAUUGAGUUACCUGGUCAGCACUGUGAUCUUUUUUUCUCUCCAAAGGACCUGCGUUGGACAACAAUAAAGAAAAUCUAACCUAUCAUGCACUGUCCACAUUUCCUGUUCAUGAGUUUGGGAUUUACAUAACCCGCAGCCACCACGUUCCUUUGUAUAUGAUGCAACAGCAUAAAUGUAAGCUUUUAUAUCAUAAGUUCUGGUCUUUCCAGUCACAUCUGGAAAUAAAGCGUAUUAUUUUCUUGGGAAAACAUACUUUUCAUAUCUCUUGCCCCAAAGAUUGGGCUGUAAGCCAUUUUCUAGCAAAUGUCUCUAUGAAGGUUUCUAAGUACCUGAAUGGGGUUCGAUUCUGAAAUCUUUCUACCUGUUGCACCGAUAUUCAGAUAAUGACAGACAUAGAGAGGUUUGGUAACUUUGGGUUUUGUAAAAUCAGCAGAGACGGUGUGUCAAAAAGUGCAAAAAAAAAAAAAAAAAAAAAAAAGAUUCUGUUAUAAGUGAUUUUCUAAGUAUUU